GAGAUCCAUACCUACAGCCACUGCAGCCGAACAUACGGCACCACCUAUUUUCGGAAGCAAUUAUCAGUUUCCAACUGGCUGCUAAAGAAUUUUAGUUCGGCUCGCUGGCAUUGCCAGUAUCACGGGCGAUUAAGUCCUUGAUACGUUUCAAAUCUUUCAAAAUUAAAUUAUAAGUAAUAAUGGACGCUAUUGAUGACAUAUCCAGUACGUGCGAAAAUGACUCGGUCAACUUAAAAAAAUCGAGUGCUUUGUUUAGUGCCGAAAAAGAUUCAUAUUGCGAUUCGGAAACCGAUUAUGAUAGUGAAAAUGAAACAAUCGACAUCUGUGAAAAUAGUGAGCAUUCUUUUAGUAAAACUGUGUUAGUGAAUUCACGCAUUGAAGACGAGAAAACUAAAUUCUUUGAUAAUCACCGCGUUAUAUUUCCAACGAGAUCACUUACAAAUUUUGUAAAUAAUGAAUCUUCCCGGCAUGUAAAAGACAAAAGUAAAACUUUUCUGAUAGACAAUAUUUUAGGUAACAUUAAUAAUGAAAAAAUUAAUACAAAAGAACAGGGAGAAACCACCGAAGAUAACGCAGAUGAAUACAACGUGUCUUCGACGUCGGCAUGUCCAGAGCUGGGCACGUUGAAUGGCGCAGGUCUCCUAGCGGGACAUGCCUACACGCACUGGUUGGCAACACAUCAGCCUACAAACAGUUUUUUCGAUGACAAGAACAACAGAAGACCUCGACGAGCCGGACCUGAACGCAAGCCACGACAAGCUUACAGCGCUAAACAACUAGAGCGAUUAGAAGCCGAAUUUAAAUUGGACAAGUACCUCAGCGUUUCAAAGAGGAUGGAACUUUCAAAAGCAUUAGGUCUGACAGAAGUACAAAUUAAGACCUGGUUCCAGAACCGCAGAACGAAAUGGAAGAAGCAGCUAACAUCUCGUUUGAAAAUCGCACAACGUCAAGGUCUCUUUUCUGGUCAAAUCUUCGGACAUGCCCCGCAAACUUAUUCCCUUUUAAAUCCUUACGCGUAUGCGCCGCUCAGCUGUGUUUUUACCCCUGUAACAUUGCCUUCUACUCCACCAUAAUAAAAAGGGUAUAACUAUGAGAAGUCUACUCGUGAUCAUGGUUAUAGCUUGAAAAUAUUAGCAAAUACCGAUAUUAAGUUUAGAUAGCAAGCUAAAUGCUCCAAGAAAAGUUACUCAUACGAUAAAAUAAUAAAUGACUAGUAGUUAAUUCAUCUCGGAAAAAUUGUUUUAUAACGAUGUAAAAACUGCAUUGCUAAUUCCACAAAACUAAAAGCUAAUUGAUCGGUACAUAAAAUUUACAGAAGACUGUCGACAAAAGUACCUACUUGAAUUAUCAUGGGAGUAGUUAUGUAGGAGUGUAGCGAAAAUCUUUCUUAGCUUAAGGAUUUGUAUUUAUGAAAAUAUUAAUUUGCUUUUAUUAUUUAUUAUGAUUGUACAGUUAUAAAAUAAUUAUUAACACAUUGAUCUCAUGAUAAUAAUAUGUUAUUUUAAAAUUUAAGAUUUAAAUGAAAAUUACAAAACUAAAAUCAACAUGAAGUAGUUUCCAGCAAUAGCAUCGAUUCAUUCAACUAAGUACAUACAGCCUUAUUAGAAAACGCGGGAAUAUUGACAGCUGACAUGAAUCUUUAUUAGUUUCACCACUAUUAUAAAUAAGGCCGAGCCAUUGAUAAGUUAAAACAAAUAUGACAUUAAUUUGGCUUAAAAUAAAGUUGGCCUUGUUCUUUAUUUUUUGCGUAUAAGGAACGCAAUGACCGCCUAUUGAUAAUAUGGUAUUGGUAUCUAUAGAUAUCCGGAGUCGUUAAAACAAUUGUUAGUUAUGGAAAUUAUAGGACAAAGAACUCUUUAAUUAAAAUAAUGCAAUACGGUAGUGGCGAGUUAGCUAGUUACCACGCUUACACUUUUACUGAAUAUUAUCUCAUAUUUUAUCAUGGAUAAUAUUAUCGAAGGCAGAACUUAGUACGCUAAAAGUAGACAGAAUGGGAAAACCAUUACAGGCUUGCAAUUUUUCUCAACAAAAAUCAACAAAAGCAACAAAAAAUUUUUUUUAAAUUAGUCGACAAUGUUUCCAACAUAUAUUAUAAUCUUAACGGACCCGACAGACAUUUUUCUGCACACACAUCUUAUGCCUGAAAAUUACAAACUUUUUGAAUAAGUUGUGAAGAAUACCAGAUUGUGAAUCUAAACCAUUCUCGAAUUCACCACCACACAAAAAAAAUCAUCAAAAUUGGUCCAGCCGUUUAGGACGAGUUUACUAACAUACAUACACACGGACAGAAGAAUUAUAUUUAUUAAGAUUCUUUUUUUGCCUACGUUACUAUCACGAGUAGCUAUCCUGGCUUCACCAUGACUGGUGGUCGAGCUCACGGUGACAGAAUUUGCUAACAUCUACCAUAACAAGAUGCUUCGCUCAAUCUACUACCGGAUCGGAAUCGCGACCCAUUGAGAAGAUUCGGUGAGUUAAAUAAUUCAGGUGUACAGAAUCUAAAAGUUUAUGAAGAAAUUUCUAAAUGUGUUUCUCCGUAAGUUUGUCAAUAAGGUUCAUUUCACAACUUUUAUAGCGUGUUGACAUGUUUGAUAGUGGCGCGAAAAGUACAUAAUCAUUGAACUCGCUACUUUUAUCACCUCAUCUAAGCUAAACUAAAAGGUAACGAUAUAGCAUUGAAAAAGAUUACUAUGAUAGGUAUACACUACGGAAAAACAUUAUAGUAUUAAUUAUAUUUAAUACUUAUGCUAUAUUUAAUUUAGUUAAUGAAAACAUAGUCUACUUAUAUGUGAGUAUGUAAAUAAAUAGAAUGUUUUGAA